GACAUGGACAGGAGGACACAGUGAAGGCAGAGGACUGACCACGGAGCGCACUAACAUCACACACUCAGAUGUGACAGAUUGUCGCUGAUCCUCUAGUUGAAGAGCCACGGGAAACCACUUCGCCAGUUGUCAGCGCGUGUUUUGGCACUCUCGGUACCGCGGGGAUCGAUGCCGUUUCCUGCUUCUUUUGCAUCACUUUCCAUUGAGUUCAAUCAUUAUUGACUUGUUUCACGCCACAGAACAAGACCGGAUUAUAAUUUCCUCUUGGAUUUAAGUCUUCAAUUUAACUUCUCCCCGACACCAAAUUUCUCUUUAAACCGCUGGAAACUGCGCACGGAGAUGGCGCAAAGGUACGAUGAGCUGGCUCAUUACGGAGGCGCGAUGGACGGAGUCGGAGUGCCCACCUCCAUGUAUGGAGACCCGCACGCCCCCCGACCCCUGCCGCAGGUCCACCACCUGAACCACGGGCCGCCUCCGCACCCGACCCAGCACUACGGAGCCCACGCGCCGCACAACAUCAUGCCCAGCAGCAUGGGCAGCGCCGUCAACGACGCACUGAAGAGAGACAAGGACCAAAUCUACGGCCACCCUUUAUUCCCUCUGCUGGCUCUGGUGUUCGAGAAGUGCGAGCUGGCGACCUGCACUCCCAGAGAGCCCGGGGUGGCGGGAGGAGACGUCUGCUCCUCUGACUCCUUCAAUGAAGAUAUAGCCGUGUUUGCUAAACAGAUCCGCGCAGAGAAACCCUUAUUUUCUUCCAACCCAGAGCUGGAUAACUUGAUGAUUCAAGCAAUUCAAGUCCUUCGAUUUCAUCUGCUGGAAUUAGAGAAGGUUCAUGAGCUCUGUGAUAACUUCUGCCACCGGUACAUCAGCUGCCUGAAAGGCAAAAUGCCCAUCGACCUGGUCAUAGAGGAGCGAGACGUCUGCAAGUCCGACUUCGACGACCUCUCGGGAUCCUCCACCAACCUGGCAGAUCACAACCCAGCGUCCUGGAGAGACAUGGAUGACGCCCACUCCACGCCCUCCGUGGGCACCCCGGGACCAUCCAGCGGGGGACACGUCUCCCAGAGUGGAGACAACACCAGUGAACUCGGAGACGGCCUCGACAACAGCCUGGCAUCACCCGGCACAGGAGACGAGGAUGACCAGGACAAGAAGAGGCAGAAGAAACGAGGCAUCUUCCCCAAAGUAGCCACAAACAUAAUGAGAGCAUGGCUCUUCCAGCAUCUUACGCACCCUUACCCCUCAGAGGAACAGAAAAAGCAGCUAGCACAGGACACAGGCCUCACCAUCCUUCAAGUGAACAACUGGUUUAUCAAUGCAAGGAGGAGAAUAGUCCAGCCUAUGAUUGACCAGUCCAACAGAGCAGUGAGUCAGGGUACAGCUUACAGUCCAGAUGGCCAGCCAAUGGGAGGCUUCAUUCUUGAUGGGCAGCAGCACAUGGGUCUCCGACCUGGAGGGCCCAUGGGUGGCAUGGGUAUGAACAUGGGCAUGGACGGGCAGUGGCACUACAUGUAAAACCACUCCACUGAGGCGAGCCUGAACAACAGGGUGAAGCCUCCAUGGUCGGCUCAGGGAUCUUCUUCCAUCUGGCAGCGGAGCUCUCUAACGAAGCUGCCGCUGCAGCUGCCACGUCACACCCACCUGACCAGUCCCACCUCACCUUGCUCGAGCCCGCACGGUGCGCGCGUGUACAGGAUCACCAUGGAAACGCCUAACCUCUGCACGAGAGGCCGUCCCAUUUACAGUGAAGAGAGAGACUCGGUGUGAGGCCAGGAGCUUUAGGGCUGCACGA